AGCGAAUCACAUUAUGAUGCCAUCCAUGUAUAUUCAUUCUUAUUAAGAAAAGAAAAAAGAAUUGUUGUUGAGAAAUAAACAUUACGCUAACCUAACAGUUACUUGGAUUGCAUGAAUGAAGUAUUUAAGGAUACAGUUCGACAGUUUAAGCCACUCCUCCAGUCACCUAAUUGACGACACCAAGAUGAACUGGAUUCUCUUUUCACAGCAGGUUAAGAGAACUCAAGUUGCGAUUUCCAGACAAGGCCUUGAAGAUUUCUCUCCACUUGCCAGUUACCUGCCAAUGAGUGAUGGGUCCAUCUUUUUUUUUAAUUGGUAAAAGGAAAAAAAUUCCUUGAAAAUUUGGAGUUUUAGUGUCUUUACUUGCUACUGUAAGUCCCACUUGCCUUUUCUUGAUUUCGAUCUUCAUUUUGGGUCCUUUUUAUCUGCCUCAAGAACAUUUCUGGUUUUGGGAAGUUGGGGUUUUUCUCUCGUGUCUGAAGAAUAUUGGUGGUAGUCCCACUGAUUUGCCUUGCUGAAGGAGGUUGUGUCUUUUGUAGCUACUUUUGACAGGGUUUGCUGGUUUUGGAAGUGGGUUGUUGCUUAUAAGCUCCUAACUUGGAUUUUUAAAUAUAAAUCGUGGUUGUCCAAAGGCUGAAAUUUGGUAACUUCUGAUCAUUUGCUUCUUUCGGAUGUUGGUUUUCCUUCUGUAAAGGCAAAAAUUUAAGGAAGAUUGUACAUGGAGAACUUAUUAAGUAGUUAUCAAGUGAAGUAUAGAAAUUUCAAUAAAAUUCUUUUUAUUUUCUGAGUUUUUGUUCACAUGUGAAAAAAUAGACUUAAGCUUGCAACUCUUCUCCAAUAAAGUUAAUUUUAAAUUCAUCCCAUCUUCUUACUUUGAUAAACUUGUUUCUUUUUUGUGUUGGAGAUGUUUGAUGGGAGCUUGGCAAUGCCUUUCCACACGUUGAACCCAUGUCAUAUAUUGGGUCAUGUAAAUACACAUAGAGCCCUCCACAAGUCAAGGUUGCAACCAGUUCUAGCUAUACCCCCAUCAUCAAUUCUCUUGCACACAGAUGAGAGUGGUAAAUUUCCUGAUUCUAAGAAGGGUUCUGGUUUGAGAGGAAGGGAUUCUUCUGAUUCAUUGCUUAGUCAAGCAAGUACAGUGGGUAUAAUAGGAGGUAUAUCAGUGAAUUCUGCUUUGAAUUUCUUGAAAAAACUAGUCCAGGGGAGUUCAAAAGAAGGAAAAGAUUGCUUCCCUUUUGUUCUUUGCUCUGAUCCAGUAUUGAACAAGGAGCUUUUAUCACAUGAGAGAAAUUCUUGUCCUUCUCGCAGUAGGCAUAAUGAAAAAUCUCCAUCGGAUCAUUCUGCAAUUGCAGAGAAUCUGCAGAAUAAAAGGGUUUUUCUUGAGAAAUCAGGAGUUCAGUGCAUAGUAAUGCCUUGUCAUAUUUUGCAUUCAUGGCAUGAUGAGGUUUCUAAGGGGUGUUCUGUUCCAUUCCUUCAUAUGGGUGAGUGUGUUGCAAGGGAGCUCAAGGAAGCUAAGCUGAAGCCACUUGAAGCUGGUAGUCCUCUGCGUAUUGGGUUAUUAGCCUCCAAUGCAACUUUGGCUGCAGGGUUCUAUCAGGAGAAAUUGCAGAGUGAGGGAUUUGAGGUUGUGCUUCCAGAUAAAGCAACCAUGGAACACACUAUAAUUCCUGCAAUUGAAGCUUUAGACAGAAACGACAUGGAAGGCGCACAGAAUUUGCUGAGAAUUGCACUGCAAGUUCUCCUUGUGAGGGCAGUGAACACAGUCAUCCUUGCUUCGGAAGAAAUGCGUGAUGUUUUGCCUGAGGAUGAUCCACUUCUCAAGAAAUGUAUUGAUCCAAUGGAUGCAUUAGCCCGUUCAACUAUAAAGUGGGCGCAAGCUGCAGAAAAAGGUACAUAAAUAAAAUCGAGAACAGGACUACUCUGUUCUUCAUGGAUCUCCAUUGAUGGAAAACCUAGUCUUUAGAUUAAAAUAUUUUGGUAUACAUAUAUUGUUGCCAUUCCUGGGGAAUGUAUGUGUUGAAAAUUGGUCCCUACACCGUUUGUUUUUCAGAUAGUGAAAAUUAUCAGAUAGAACUGUAAUGAAUAUUUGUCAAAGAAAUACCUUCAUAGCUUCAGUAGAAAAGCAAGAAACAAAAAUCCUUUAGUGAAUGCGUGUUGAAGAAACCAAACAGUGUAUUUGUGUAGUAAUUAUUUGAAAGUAUUGCUGUGACUUUUUGUCU